UGGAGAGACAGCAGCCACUCCCCCCAACCCCUCCUCCAGUGCCUUCGGGCCCCAUCCAUACCCCCCACAACCCUUGCAAAAAGGCCUCCAUCUUCCCAGACGCCUCCAGGUGGCCCAUCACCUACCAGGAGGCCCUGAGGUCUGUGUAGCGCAUGGAGGCCAGGAAGAAUGCCUCUCUCCCCAGGGACCACAGGGAGCACCCCAGACCAUCAGACUGUAGAAGCAGAGCUACAGCUCCCUCCAUGCUCAGAGGUUACAGCUGGCCCGCACCCCUUCGCACCUCUCAGCCGUCCCAGGAGGAGGAGAAACAGGAGGAGGUGGUAGAAGAGGAGGAGGAAGGAGAGGAGAGGUAUGGGGCACAUGAAAUGGAGGUGGAGAUUGGGAGGUAUCAUCUGGGAGUUCCAGACUCAGGUGGGAGCUACAGUAGCUAUGCCACCAGAGCAGUGGCAGGGGGAGUCUGGAGCCUCCCAAUGGGCGCCUGUCUAUCUGCCUGUCCCCAACCCUCACCAGCUCUCCUGAGACCAUCGAGGAGAUACAGGGGAACACAGAGGAGACACCUACAGGACAUGGAGGCAUUGAAAGGGAGAAAGGCCUCAGUGGAUAAGAAUUAUGAGUGGGACUCAACUAAUGUGUCCAUUCAGCCAGGAGAUCAAGACCUUGGAGGCACAAGCCUGUUCUCCUCAGUGAGUCUACUGAAGUCUACUCCCAGCAUGCACCAUUCCAGGAAAGGCCUCAAAGAGUCCGUCCAAUUCCAGGGUCAUCACCAUGAGACCAGCCGCUACUCAGAGCCCGAGCCAGAGAAGGUGCUGUUCUGACAAUCCCAUCUAUACCUAAGACUUCCACCAACAAAGUGAAAAUAGACUGCCAUCGUCAGUAAUUCAGCCAUCAACCGCUCAACCAUCUGACUGACUGGUCUCUGGUGGACACUCAGGGCUGAAUAAAGAAGUGGCUGUUGUUGUUCAGAGCUGUACGUACCGAAGAGGACUUUUACCACUGAUUUACAAGAGCUGUUACAGUGAUUGAUCUCUGCUUCUUCUAUGGAAUACUACAUUUAUUUAUUUGUACCUUUAUUUAACCAGGCAAGUCAGUUAAGAACAAAUUCUUAUUUUCAAUGAUGGCCUAGGAACAGUGGGUUAACUGCCUGUUCAGGGGCAGAACGACAGAUUUGUACCUUGUCAGCUCGGGGGGUUUAAACUUGCAACCUUCCGGUUACUAGUCCAACGCUCUAACCACUAGGCUACGCUGGUACCAAGUCAGUGAACAAGCAGGUACAAUAUUGGGUCUGUCUUGCUCAUCAUCAUGGUGCUGACUAUAAUCAAUACAAUAAUCAUACUCUUGGACUCACGGAAGAACAGUUGGAGAUUAUUUUUAUUGUUUUGAGAAAAGGCAAACCACCACUGAGCUGGCACUUUGUUCCACUGCUGACACUUUGUUCCAACACUUUCAACGUUUGACAGAAC